UCCAUUAAAAUCUAUAUCAAUCUUGCUUUCUGCAAAGAAAACAAUGGGGGGAAGAGGAGUGUUGAUGGUAUGUUUGGUGUUGGGGCUUCUGAUGGGACACUCCCACUCCGACACUUCUUUCCAAAUCUGCUACUGUGGUUGCUUCGUUUCGUGUGUUAUUACACCAGGAAAUAAUGCUUUCUCUUGCGCCAUCAACUGCCUGCAGGAAUGUAUCUUUAGGAACUAUCUUGUCGAAGACACCCAAUACUUCUGCAAGCUUGGUUGUUCUACCUCCAAGUGCACGAGUCUCAGCUCCAAAGAAAAUCCUGCUGAAGCCAAUGUUGGAAGCUGCGUGGAUUCUUGCUCAGACACAUGCGCUGUGAAGAACUAAUUAACCAAUAUA